UUAUAUUAAAAUGUACUUGAAUCAAAGAUUUAUUCACUUCGGUGUUACGAAGAUGCAAUGUAUUUCGAAGCGGAAUUAUGCAAAGGAUGUAAAGUUUGGGCCAGAUGUUAGAUCCCUUAUGUUACAAGGAGUCGAUAUUCUCGCUAAUGCUGUUGCGGUUACUAUGGGUCCUAAAGGACGUAAUGUUAUUUUAGAACAGUCAUUUGGACCACCAAAAAUAACUAAAGAUGGAGUUACCGUUGCCAAGGGCAUCGAAUUGAAGAAUAAAUUCCAAAAUAUAGGUGCGAAACUUGUACAAAAUGUUGCAAAUAAAACUAACGAAGAGGCUGGAGAUGGAACUACAACUGCUACCGUUUUAGCUAGGGCUAUAGCCAAAGAAGGAUUUUCAACCAUUUCUAAGGGGGCUAAUCCGAUUGAAAUUAGAAAAGGUAUUAAGCUGGCUGUAGAUACUGUACAUCAAAGGCUAAAAGAAAUGUCCAUACCAGUUAAAACUUCAGAAGAUAUUGAGCAAGUUGCAACAAUAUCUGCCAACGGUGAUAGACAAAUUGGUAAACUAAUUGCUUCAGCAAUGAAUAGAGUUGGUAAAGAUGGUGUUAUUACCGUUAAAGAUGGCAAAACUUUUACCGAUGAGCUUGAAAUUAUAGAAGGCAUGAAAUUUGAACGUGGUUAUGUAUCGCCAUAUUUUAUAAAUUCGACUAAAGGGUCCAAAAUUGAAUAUAACGAUGCCUUAGUUCUUUUUUCUCAGAAAAAAAUAUUCAACGCUCAACAAAUAUUACCAGCUUUAGAAAUAGCUAAUUUACAGAAGAAACCUCUAAUUAUUAUUGCUGAAGAUUACGAUGGUGAGCCCUUAUCCGUACUUAUUGUUAAUAAACUUAAAAUAGGAUUGCAAGUUGCUGCUGUGAAGGCCCCUGGAUUUGGUGACUUCAGAAAAAAUGCAUUAUUAGAUAUGGCUAUAGCUACAGGAGGUGUUUUAUUUGAAGAUGAUCCUAACCUCGUAAGACUGGAAGACUGUCAACUAGAUAGUCUAGGCAAAGUUGGAGAAGUUGUUAUUACUAAAGAUGCAACUCUUUUAUUAAAGGGAAAGGGUAAUAAAAAUGACAUCAAACAACGCAUUGAGGAAAUCAAAGAAGAAUUGGAGGACACAACGAGUGAUUAUGAUCGAUUACGUCUUAUGGAAAGAUUGGCAAGGCUGCAGUCCGGUGUUGCAUGUCUUUUAAUAGGAGGAUGUAGUGAACUUGAAGUAAGUGAAAAGAAAGAUCGUGUUAAUGAUGCAUUAAACGCUACACGAGCAGCCAUUGCAGAAGGCAUUGUGCCAGGUGGAGGAGCGGCCUUGUUACGUUGUAUACCAGCCCUAAAAAAAUUAAAUCCAGCUAACUAUGACCAAGCGAUAGGUAUAUCAAUAAUCAAAAAAGCUUUACGCACUCCGUGUAUUACUAUAGCCACCAAUGCUGGAACUGAUGGCGCCGUUGUUGUAUCAAAAAUAGAAGACAUGUCUGAUGAAUAUGGGUAUGAUGCUAUAAAUAAUGAAUAUGUGAAUAUGAUUGAGAAAGGCAUUGUUGAUCCAACAAAGGUAGUAAAAAGAGCACUAACAGAUGCUAGCAGUGUUGCGUCUCUUUUAACCACCGCAGAAGCCGUUAUUUGUGAUUUGCCUAGAACAAAUGAAGCUCUAACACCAUCGUCAGAUAUCGCUGGAGUUGGCGAUUAUUAAUAUCAUUCCAUUUUUAUUACUUACUACUACCAUAACUUACUUUCUCAUAUUUCUAAUAUAAUAUAGGAAACAAUCCAAUACUACGAUGUCCUUCAAUAAAAUGUAUUUAAAAUUUUAA